UAUCGGUGAAGAAGAACAUCCAUUAGCUGCCUUGUGACGCAAACUUUUUACCAGUUCUAACCUCUUUCCAUCAACCUCCAAUAGCUUUCUUGACGUUCUUUCACUAUAUUUCUUGCUCACAAACUUAUAAGCCUUUUAGUUUAAUGUUAAUUAAUUCAUAUUCUCUACUUUUACAUACAUUUAUAUAUGCAUGCCAACGUAUAAUUGCUGAAGAGUUUCACUUCUGUGCGGUAUACGCAAUACGCCUUUAUGACCAUAGAAAAAAAAUACUAUGACCACCAAAUGUUCUCAUGGUUGGGUAUUACACUAUCACUACAAUUUCUUCAUUUUAUUGGCAUGGAUAAUAUACAAUACUUCCAUGAAUUAUUUCACGCUUUUUCUCUUCUAAUUCACAUUAGUUAUAUAUAUGAUACAGUUUAUGAAAGAAAAAAUGAUCCAGUUUAUGAAAUUUUCAUGUAAUUUGGUGUUAUAGUUUGACGUAAUGAAAAAAAUGAUACUGACCUUUCAACUUGCCUUAGAAUCAACAAUACCCCUUUUGACUCUUAUGAGUUUUUACUGCUGAAAAGAUUCUUUUCGGCAUUUUAUUGAAAACAUUUUCCAAAACAAGAGUAAAACAUCAAAUUAUAUAAACCCUUUCUCAAAAAAAAAAAAAACACAUCAAAUUAUAUAUAUUUUUUUAAAAAAGCAUCAAACAAAAUGUGAAUAGAACAAAAGCAUCAAACAAAAUGUAGACAAAUAUAUAAUAAUGAAAAAAAUUGCAUUGACCUACUUUAUAUAAUUAAAAACAUAUACUAUGCAUUCAAUGGGGGGCUUGAUUUCUCGUAUUAUAUAAGCAAAGAAGUUUGCAUCCAGCAAAAACCAAGAGCAACAAAAAGAAUCAAAUCAAAUUGAGAGAGAGCAAAAAACAAAACACCAAGUAUCAAACCAAGAAGAUCCAUGGCAGCAAUAGAUAUGUUCAAUAGCAGCACAAAUCUCUCUGAUCCUUUCAAAGAAGAGCUCAUGAAAGUACUUAAGCCUUUCACCAACUCUGUUUCUUCUCUUCCUCCAAUUCCAAACCCAAUCUUCGGUUUCAAUCAAACCACACCUCUCGGUCUGAACCAGCUCACACCUUACCAAAUCCACCAGAUCCAAAACCAGCUUAACCAGAGACGUAACCCCACCACCUCAACUCUCUCCCCAAAGCCAGUGGCAAUGAAGAACAUGACAGCUCAGAAACUCUACAGAGGAGUUAGACAAAGGCACUGGGGGAAAUGGGUUGCGGAGAUCCGUUUACCCAAGAACCGGACCCGACUCUGGCUUGGGACUUUCAACACAGCUGAAGAAGCAGCCAUGGCUUAUGACCGAGCUGCUUACAAGCUCCGAGGCGAGUUAGCGAGGCUUAAUUUUCCAUACAUCAGGCACGAGUUUGGUGAUAGCAGAUUCAAGGCUCUUCAUCCCUCUGUUGAAGCAAAGCUCGAGGCGAUUUGUCAGAGCUUGGGAAAAACAGAGCUUCUCCCGCCAAAAGCAGAGUAUCAAGAAAGUGAAUGUAGGUGGUCUUUGAGAGCUGAUGAGAGUUUGUUUUCUGAUGAGUCUCAGGUGGGAUCUUCGUCGCCGGGUACGUUGUUGGAUUUUUCGGAUUCAGGGUUUGAUGAUGAGAGUGGGAGUUACGUGCUGGAGAAGUUUCCUUCUGUGGAGAUUGAUUGGGAUGCGAUUAGCAAAUUGUCCGAAUCUUAGGAGCCUGUCUUCGACUCGGUGUCUAUUGAAUGUCUCAUAUUAGUUAGUUUGUUAGUUAAUCUCUGCAACUGAAAUUUUUACAGUUGUAGAGAGACUUGUUUAAGGCUUUGUUUAUGCUAAAGAAGUCCUCUAUGUGUUUGGUCUAAAAGCUGGUUUAUGUUUUUUUUUUGUUCAGAAACCUUGUCAUUGACCAAUCAGAGAAGCUUUUGUGUAUUAUCAUAUUUUUAAGUUUUUAUUGAAUGUAAAUUAUUACUCUUUUAUUUUACGAUCUUAUGUUCA